UGGUAGGCAAGGGGUCUGGGGAGCUUGACUGGCAGCUGAAUUUCAUAGAAAACAUGCUGUUUAACCUGGAUUUUAUGUCUAUUUAGGGUGUGAGAGCCAGUGGAGACGGUGGUGAGAUGGUUAAUGGUCCACAGCUACCGCGGCUUGUUACUUGCAAGCUACUAUGUUGGGCCAAGAGGUGACUCCAGCAGGAAUUCUGAAGAGUCAAAAUGAUGUGACAGUGAAUAAUGAGUAGUACCUACUGUGGCAACUCUUCAGCUAAGAUGAGUGUCAACGAAGUGUCAGCUUUCUCGUUGACUCUGGAGCAAAAAACUGGCUUCGCUUUUGUUGGGAUUUUGUGUAUCUUCUUGGGACUUCUUAUCAUCAGAUGCUUCAAAAUCCUGUUAGACCCAUAUAGUAGCAUGCCUUCCUCUACAUGGGAAGGUGAAAUUGAAGAGUUCGAUAAAGGGACAUUUGAAUAUGCACUUGCCUGAGCGUUUCAGCUUUAUAGUUUUUAGGGUUAUACCACUGGGGCACAUGGUGGACACAACUGUAAUUUCCUUCAGUGUGCUGGAGGAAGAUCAUUUCAUUCACUGAAUUCAAUAAAGGUGUAUGGUUAAUUUAUCCA